AUGCGCUCGAGAAUUGUCCCGCAGACGGUUUAAAUAGCCAAGAGUGGAUGCACUACUCACUGAACACAGGCGCAAUGCUGAGAGUACGAGAUAACGGUCCACAACGCGGCAGGAAUUAAACUUUAACGGAGUUCGGUUUGCUUCAAUAGAUUUAACAGACAUUGAGAAUCAAGGACAUUUCAACAAUUUAAAGAUUAGAUUUUCCACUGUUCAUGUAUUUUGUCUAUUUUUCAUCAACUCCCAUUUUAGUAGCCUUUAUUAUCAAACAUAAUUUCAUCGGAAUACCAUGACGAGCUCUGCGGUUCAACUUCCCGGUUAUGCUCUUGCUUUGAUCGGUCUUGUUGGCUCAGUGAUUGCCACCACUAUGGUGGAGUGGAAAAGGCACUCUUACACAGAGAGCACGGUAACAUCAAAGGAAACGUACCUGGGGUUAUGGAUGUCAUGCACCGUCGACGCCACAAGACACACGAUGUGCGUCAAUUACAAGUCACUCUUUCACCUGCCAGCGGAGAUUCUGACCACCCGAGUGGUGAUGAUCCUCAGUGUCCUGUUGUCAGCCAUUGGGGUGCUGGUAGCCACGCUGGGAAUGAGAUGCACUCGAUGCCUGGAGGAGGAUGAAAAGCAGAAGGAUAGAGUAGCCAUUGUUGGAGGAUUCCUCUUCAUCAUUGCAGGUGUUCUGGCCAUAUCGGUAACCUCCUGGUUUGCCAACGCCAUCAUCCGGUCCUUUGUAUUCUCAGACUCACCUACUUCCUUACAUAACAGGUUUGAGUUUGGCAACGCUGUGCUGGUGAGCUGGGGUGCAGGUAUCUGCUCUGUGGUGGGCGGAUUUCUCCUGGGCUGCAGGUAUCUGUGGAGAUGUCCCCAGGGCUCACGCUCCGUCUCAUCCUUCACCCAACCCAAAGUAAUUCCUGGCACCAGGCCUGGCACCCACUAUGUUUAAUGGGCCACACUAUGCCAAGAGGACGCCCAAGGAAGCUCAAUUCGUUGAGGCUUAAACCAGAGAGCCUACUACUCACACUGAAGGACUACAGUAGAGCAGAAUACAUGUAGUUACUCAAGUACUCUACUGUGUGUGACUUGCCUACAUUAUGAUUGUGAGAGUUCAUUUGGGAGGUCUGUGUGCUCCAUGAAAGUAUUUUUCUAAUUAAUUGUGUUUGGAUGUGUGAAGAUAGUUGGCUGUGGUCAUGAUGUGUAACACCUGCCAUAUCUCUGUUUUCAACCUCAAGUCAAGUGCCUCCACUAAAGGAAUUUUCAAAUAUCGCCAAUGUAGCUACCAUUUCAUUAUAUACCAUCACCAAUGUACAGUGCUGCAGAGUAGUGUUCCUAUGACUCUCAAAAUGUACAGGGGGAAAUAAGCAGGAAAUCCGGAAUCCCCUAACAAGAGCUUCUGGGAAAGCUAGGAAUUCUGGUAAUGUUACUGGAACUGUGCAACUCUACUGCAGAGUAAGCUUCCAUAAAUAUCAGCUUGAUUGAACUGUGCCUGAUUGUGUUCUGUUUGGGGCCAACAGAUUAGAAUACACCUUCCAUUUAAAUGAUUUUCACUUUUCACCAAGGGAAAGUAUUGGUUUGGACAUGCAGAUGUGCAAUCUGUGCCGUAGGUCAACCAACCGUAUGCACAUAACAAGAAACUUUAUUUCUUCAAAUUUCUUCAAAUUUGUACAUUUGAAACGUGCACUUUAGAGUGUAUUGUACUGCAAUAUUCCCUUAAUUUAGUAUUUGAUCACGUGCUAUAUAUGGUCAACUUGUCAUAAAUCUGCUGUUAUUAUUAUCAAGAUGAAUUUGCAUAAAGAUACUUCAUUAGAUAAAGAUACUACUGAAUGUGUGUUAUGUUUUACAGCCUUCAAAUUAUGUCCUUUUUACAUUCUCUUUCUUUUCUUCUAUUUGACUCUUUCAGGUUUCAGGGUUUUAUAACCUACUACCAUACCCCGUUCAAAGGCUCUUAUAACCUACCACCAUACCCCGUUCAAAGGCACUUAUAACCUACCACCAUACCCCGUUCAAAGGCACUUAUAACCUACCACCAUACCCCGUUCAAAGGCUCUUAUAACCUACCACCAUACCCCGUUCAAAGGCACUUAUAACCUACCACCAUACCCCGUUCAAAGGCACUUAUAACCUACCACCAUACCCCGUUCAAAGGCACUUAUAACCUACUACCAAACCCCGUUCAAAGGCACUUAUAACCUACCACCAAACCCCCUUCAAAGGCACUUAUAACCUACCACCAUACCCCGUUCAAAGGCUCUUAUAACCUACCACCAUACCCCGUUCAAAGGCACUUAUAACCUACCACCAUACCCCGUUCAAAGGCACUUAUAACCUACUACCAAACCCCGUUCAAAGGCACUUAUAACCUACCACCAAACCCCCUUCAAAGGCACUUAUAACCUACCACCAUACCCCGUUCAAAGGCACUUAAAACCUACUACCAAACCCCGUUCAAAGGCACUUAUAACCUACUACCAAACCCCGUUCAAAGGCACUUAUAACCUACUAUCAUACCCCGUUCAAAGGCACUUAUAACCUACUACCAAACCCCGUUCAAAGGCACUUAUAACCUACUACCAAACCCAUGUUCAAAGACACUUAUAACCUACUACCAAACCCAUGUUCAAAGGCACUUAUAACCUACUACCAAACCCAUGUUCAAAGACACUUAUAACCUACUACCAAACCCAUGUUCAAAGGCACUUAUAACCUACUACCAAACCCCGUUCAAAGGCACUUAUAACCUACUACCAAACCCCGUUCAAAGACACUUAUAACCUACUACCAAACCCAUGUUCAAAGACACUUAUAGCCUACGACCAUACCCCGUUCAAAGACACUUAUAACCUACUACCAUACCCCGUUCAAAGACACUUAUAACCUACCACCAUACCCCGUUCAAAGACACUUAUAGUCUACCACCAUACCCCGUUCAAAGACACUUAUAGCCUACCACCAUACCCCGUUCAAAGACACUUAUAACCUACCACCAUACCCCGUUCAAAGACACUUAUAACCUACCACCAUACCCCGUUCAAAGACACUUAUAGCCUACCACCAUACCCCGUUCAAAGACACUUAUAGCCUACCACCAUACCCCGUUCAAAGACACUUAUAGCCUACUACCAAACCCAUGUUCAAAGGCACUUAUAGCCUACUACCAUACCCGUUCAAAGGCACUUAUAACCUACUACCAAACCCAUGUUCAAAGGCACUUUAAUAUUGGUAUUGCCCAUUCACCCUCUGAAUGGCACACAUACACUAUCCAUGUCUCAAUUGUCUCAAGGCUUAAACAUCCUUAUGUAAUCUGCCUCCUACCCUUCACCUACACUGAUUGAAGUGGAUUUAACAGGUGCCGUCAAUAAGGGAUCAUAGCUUUCACCUGGUCAGGCUAUGUCAUGGAAAGAGCAGGUGGUCCUAAUGUUUUGUCCACUCAGUGUAUAAUAAUCAGUUGUAAAUUAAAACAUAAUACUGUA